AUGUUUGCAGUGUUUGUGUUGGCGGGAGUGUCAGCCGGCGUGUUGGGGCGAGCGGCCCGGCCGACGUCGAGGGCACACCGGGACGUGGGCACUACUCAGGGCGUGGUGCGAGGGUACCUCAACCCCGAGCCGCCCCACUACGCCUUCCUCGGUCUCCCCUACGGUGGGCCGCCCACACGUUACGACAGGUUUAAGGCACCAAAACCACCAGCCCGGUGGGACGGCAUUUUCGAGGCGACCCACCGCGUCAAAUGUCCUCAGCCUGACGGCGAGGGUGUGGAGAAUUGCCUUGUUCUAAACGUCUUUACACCAGAGCAUGUGGAGUCCUCGCCAGUCCUGGUGGUGGUUCACGACGGAUCAGUUCGAUAUGGCUGGGGUAGUUUCCAUGCGCCUGUGAGGCUUCUCCGAGAGAGUGUAUUAGUAAUAACCGUUAAUUAUAGACUUGGUGCCCUAGGGUUUCUAUGUCUGGGCACAUCGGACGCACCUGGCAACGCCGGUCUCAAAGACCUAGUAGCCGCAUUAUAUUGGAUUCAUAAAAACAUAGCAAAUUUCGGUGGCAACCCGCUAGAUGUAACCGUUUACGGUUUUGGAUUUGGAGCUACGGCUGUAGAGUUAAUUUUACUAUCGGGUCUAGGAAAAGGGUUUCUACAUAAAGUGAUUUUGGAGUCUGGGACUGCAUUGUCUCCUAUGUCUAUCAGUUAUGAUCCUCUGUCGACCGCUGUCGAUGUCUCAGCGACGCUCGGAUAUAGAGACACAGAAGACGAGACAGAAUUGUCAAGGUUAUUCAGAAAAGCUGCUGUGGAACAACUUAUGAAUACAAGCUUAACAUUUCUGCCUUGCAUUGAAAACACCGUUACUAAUGCAUUUAUAGACAUGGAUCCUGUAGAUAUUCUUCAGAGACAAAACUAUCACAAAGUCCCCAUGUUGAUAGUUUUUACGGAAAGUGUUAAAAUCACUAAACUCCCUAAGCAAUUGUUUAAUUCUAUACCAGAAAACUUUGAGUAUUUGCUGCCAAACAAUUUGGAAUUCAACAGUGAUGAGUUAAGGCAUAAAAUUGGACAGUUGGUGAAACAUUUUUAUUUUGGGGAGACAGUGAUAGAUGACAGUUUGUUUCGAAUCUAUGAGGAGUAUUUCCGUGACGUAAUUAUGGAAUACCCGGUUAUGAAGUCAGCCGUACUACACGCUGCAGCGAGUUCUAAUCCAGUUUUCUUAAUGAAAUUCUCAUACAAAUGUAACUCUUAUCAAGCGGAUGAUAUAGAAAUAGAUGGAGAUUGCAAAAUAUUAGAUUAUUUUUAUAUUAAAAAUGAGUUAUAUGGAAGUACAGACGAAUUGGUUAUAAAAAAAAUUGUUACUAUGUGGAGUAACUUUAUUAAAAUAGGAGAUCCAACACCACUUGUAACAUCUUUAAUACCAUUUGUAUGGCAACCGGUCGCAGCCAAUGAUGGCAACCCCAUCAACAGAGUGACCGGACUGAUAUUUGGAGAUACCAUUACAAUAACCGACAGCAUGGCAACAGACCGGAUUACGUUUUGGGAUAAUAUUUAUAGGAAGUUUUAUAAGCAAUAUAAAAAUAAUACUUUAUAAAAUCAUAUACAAAAAAAUAAAAUAUUAAAUAAACACUUUUUCAUUAUUUAAAACUUAUAUUUGUAUUUUUAAACAAUAUAAAACAAAGUUGCUGUGUGCAUCUAUCUGUUUCUCUGUUUAUUUCCACUAAAGGACAGAUUCUGAUUUGUUUCAAUGUCUAGGUGCUUUUUUAUCAAAGAUUUGUAUAUACAAUACAUCCUAAUUGCAUACAGGAUAGAUCUCUAGUUAAAUACAAUCAUUACUAUGUUUAAUGAUUAUAAACAAGUUAUAUCUACUCUGCACUCUACUCGUUUUAGGAAUCUGCAUUUUUCAAAUUACCUAAUCAGUAAA